AAUUUGGAUCUUACUGCUCCAAGGGCAACCGUUUCUACCACUUCGGAGGAAUGAAGACUUCCUUGUCAUGUUGGCUAUCAUCUUUCUCAGAUUUGCAACAAUAAUGAUUCACCGUUACGAUGCUAGGUAUGACUCAGGCUGCUUAUAUAUGAGACUGCAAACAGAUCGAGAAACUACGCCGGACCAACUUGCCAGUGAAUGCGACGCUCUCUGCCUCAGUUGAUCUACUUGACGGUUCCUUCUGGCACGCCGAACCACCUCAUAUACAUAUACAUAUACUCACGUCAUCUCUCGAUGUCUGUCUUUACUAGGUGUACUCAAUAUCUCACUCGUGACAUGCGGCUUACUACUGCAUGCAUCUCACGAAGGUCCAUCAUUACUUAUCGCGGCUUUGCACGGUAUCGGUAGAGUUUUUAUGCUAACCACAGGUUUCCUUAUAUCGCAUUUGUUCUUCCCAGUUACUUUCUCCGGUCAAUACAGUCCCUGAAUGACUCUGCCAAAUGAUUCCCCUCGUCAUCGGGAUAGCGAGAUAUCGGGAUAUGUCUAGGAAAAGGGCAGGAGCGCGACUGACGCAGUGACGAUGAUGCUCGGCAGAGCACUCCAGGAUGCAUAGAAACAACGUAUCGACUUAGGAAGGAUGGUUUCGCUGGAUCCUAUAUAAGAACAGGGUAUGAUGUAGGACGAGAACCAACACAAAACCAUUGUUAGCUUUAUCACAAUUAUCUUCAGAAAUAUGGCUUCGCCCAGAGUUUGGUUCAUCACGGGUACAUCUUCCGGAUUCGGAAAGGUCAUGACCGAGCUUGCGCUCAAUCAUGGCGAUGUGGUGGUCGCGACUCUCCGCAAGCCAGGGGAUCUUGACAAUCUCAGGUCCGAGUACCCUUCCGACAAACUAGCCAUUCUCAAACUCGAUGUUAGUAAGCGUGACGAGAUCGUUGCAGCCUUCGAAAAGGCAAGACAGCUUUUCGGGAAGAUCGAUAUCGUAUUCAACAAUGCUGGUUAUGGACUGAUUGGCGAGGUCGAAGGAACAGAUGAAGAAGUCGCGAGACGAAAUUUCGAUACCAAUUUUUGGGGUUCUGCGAACGUCACUCGCGAGGCGUUGAGGUUCUUCAGGGAGGUCAACCCGCCUGGCUACGGUGGUCGCUUGCUAGUUACCAGCUCUGAAUGCGGUAUUCAAGGCUAUCCUGGCUAUGGGUAUUAUUGUGCAUCUAAGCAUGCGGUUGAGGGUUUGCACGAUUCUCUGGCCAAGGAAAUUGAUCCUGAAUGGAAUAUCAAGCUCACCCUCGUGGAGCCUGGAUACUUCCAGACCAGCUCGAUGACCAAAGUCACCGCCAACGGAGCCAAGCUGCCUCCUCACCCAGCGUACACCAAGCCCACGUUACCCAGUGCUGUCAUGAGGGCCUGGUCAGAUAGCGCUCAGGUGGGAGUUGGCUCCGAUCCCGUCAAAGGGAUGAAGAAGGUUUUCGAGCUGGCAGCAAUGCCUGACCCUCCACUCCGGUUCCCUAUUGGUGCGGAUGUCAUUGAAGUAUUUUCAGCGAGAAGCAAGGCACUUGCUGAGACUGUGGAGAAGUUCGGUUCUUAUUCCAACAAUUUGGAACUUGAUAAGUAGUAAUCGUGUGUGCCAGCUACAUAGAGACAGGUCUCUCCGUUCGAAGAAUUGUCUUUUGUGCGCUGUAUAACUUGUGUAACUUGUUUACAUAUCCUAUUGUUCCCGACUAUGACGAGGGUACACCAAGUUCUUAAAUUCUUGGAAUGACCAGAGCUACUGUAGCGAUCAGGCAAGUCAC